GACUGCGCUCCACUUGGCCUGUGCCAAUGGCCAUUUAGAAGUGGUGGCUCUCCUCCUGGAGAGAAAAUGCCUGCUUGACCUCUGUGACAAUGAAAACAGGACAGCGCUGAUGAAGGCCGUAGAAUGCCAAGAUGAGGACUGCGUGACUCUCCUGCUGGAGCAUGGCGCCGACCCAAAUGUCAUGGACGCCUGUGGCAACACCGCGCUCCACUACGCUGUCUUUUGUCAGAAUUUAUCACUCGCAGCAAAGCUGCUUUCCUACAACGCCCAUAUAGAAGCCAGGAACAAGGAUGGCCUCACACCAUUGUUACUUGCUGUACAUGAAAGGAGAGGAGAAAUGGUGGAGUUUUUAGUAGACAAAGAAGCAAGUCUACAUGCGGUUGACAAGAUGAAAAG